AUGACACUGCGUCCCGAAAUUCAUUUUGCAUCUGUUUUCGAACAUUGUUCAUUAAAUAAUAAUUUUCAAUGUUUUCAAGGAAAUCCAUUAAAUCGUCUUAAUCUUCAUCGAAAAUCACUUCAAGAUAUAGUUCAACAUUCACAGUCAAGAUUUUUACCAUUUCGUCAACUUAAAGUACUUUUUAAUCAAGAAAAAAAACAACCUGUUUGGCUUACACAUCAAUUUUUAUUUGAAAAUACUAAUGAAAAAAAAUUAACAAUUGAUCAAUGUGAACUUGUUUUACUUGGCAUUGGUUCUCGAUUACUUGCUGAUCGAUCAGCAUUAGUCCCAACUACUGAACCAACAAAAAUCGAUGGUAAACUUCUUAGUAAAUUUUUAUUAGCUUCUGAACCAACCCCAGAUGAAUACAUCUAUUUUGCCUUAUCGAUUCCAACAAAUUUAGCCGAUAAUUUACCUGGUACUUAUAUGGAUCUUCGACCCCUAUUACCUCAAUUAUCUGUAAUUGAUGCAGCUGUAUGCGGCCAAGGACGUUCUUUACUUGAUUGGCAUGUAUCUAAUCAAUAUUGUGGUAAAUGUGGUUCAUCGACUAUUUCACUUGAAGGUGGUACACGUCGUAAAUGUACUAAAUGUAAUCAUAUAAUUUAUCCUCGAACAGAUCCUGUUAUGAUAACAUUAGUUAUUCAUGCUGAUAAAGAACGUGUUUUACUUGGACGUAAAUCUUCAUUUCCUCCAUUUGUAUAUACAUGUUUAGCCGGUUUUAUUGAACCAGGUGAAUCUAUACCUGAAGCAUGUUCACGUGAAGUUUGGGAAGAAAGUGGAAUUGUUGUUGAUACAAAUGAAACACAUUAUUUCGAUUCUCAACCAUGGCCAUUUUUAGGUGGACAAUUAAUGAUUGGAUGCUAUACAUAUGCUAUUGAUGAAACAAUAACAUUACACGAUUCAGAAUUAGAAGAUUGUCGAUGGUUUUCUCGAAAUGAAAUUGCUGAUAUGAUACAACGAGGUCGAAAUAUGAAUCUUGAUAAGAAUGAUCAAGGUCUUCGUAUUCCACCACCUAUUGCUAUAGCACAUCAAAUGAUUAAUAAUUGGUAUUCAAAAACAAACGAAUACUCUUAA